CUGUUGUUUGCCCAAGGCCCAUUCGAAUCAACACUUGAUUAGAUUUCAGACUGUCAAAUUGUAUGUCUGGCGUUUGAUGACCUGCUUGUGGCAGAUGAGGUUACAUCGCGGAAGGAAACAUCAUUAGUAAACGGGAAAAGGAAACGACAUGGUACGUGGAGUCAGCGUGGUAUAUUAUUAUGAUUAUUAUUCAGUGGACUGCCGUUAAAUACUCUGCGUUAUUUAUGUAGCUGUCAUUUCGCGGUGUGUACGCAACUCCAAGUCAAUGGAGUGAUGCGUAAUUGCACUCCCUUGGGGCAAGCUUUUCACUCUGUUGCCAACGUUACGGGUGCAGAUGUAAUCACAAAACGGCCGGAUCUAGGACUGUGGAUGGCCUCUCUAGUCUUGCCGUGUUCGGUGAUGUAAGACUGCUGGACGUUACUGUGACAUUUGCGAGCUAAGUGGGCAAACUAUUUGCGAGUUUCACCGGGGGAGUACCGAGGCCUAGUGUCAUCACGCAGACACUUCGAUCCUGUCAUGUUUUUGACUGUGUUCGGCCCUCGAGGAUAGCGAUUAGAAUAGGUGAACUUAUAUGACAUUUCAUACGAUAUGUUAUCGUUUAGUCAGCCGGUCUACUGAUAUAGCACGCAUGACGGGAACGGCCUCCCUUACAAAAUUACCAAACAAUUACAGUGCGAUGACCAUAUACAAAUCUUAAUUUCGAUUUCUCAACAUCGAUUUCUGGGAUGUGCGGGCUGUAAGGAGGCCUCUUCAUAAUCAAGUCGCAGCACACCCCUACUUGAGGCCUUCUUGAUACUCAAGAUAUUGCACUUUUUUACAUAAAUAGUACAAGGCAGCUGGCCGGUGUCCCAGCGGUCGGCCGUUGAUGAAGCUCGACCGUCCGUGCGUGAGUUAGGUUUUUUUCCCGCCGUUGAUUCGCGCGUAUCGCCCGGGGCACGUGGUCCGCGUGGAGUGACGAGAGUGUUUUCUACGCGCUGCAUUUUUAUUACAACUCCGGAUCUCUAUCGAGCGGCGGUCAUCUAUCGAACUGUUGGGUGCUUCGCUGGCUCUGCUCGGGAGUGCUCGCACGUAAGAAACCAGCGGGAAAAUGAGAUAAGGUGACACCAAAUGUAGAUUCUGGCAGGAUAGUGAGUGUAGAUUCGCUGUGGUGACACGAGUAUUUACAAAAUGGAUCAAUCACCGGCAUCCUGCAGGUAUGAUGGCCGUCAACGGACAACCCGACGCCAUCUCAGAGAAAUCCUGGAUGAUUUAGACCGGCAGGAUCGGGCCCUCUUGCGAGUAUCCUCCGACCUUUUGGACACCAUAGCAGCCCUAAAGGAGGCCCACGAGCUGUCCCUGAAGCACCGGCCGUGGACGAGCUCCGCCGUACGGGGUGAUGAGCAUGGCACUGUUAAUACGGGGACUGGGCCAGCAGGGACCGCGACGAUAGAGGGAGGCAGUACGGGUCUCUGGACAUGCACGACGGAGAAAAGCAGCUGAGAGAUACCUGAGACUGUGCUUGUAUGUCUGUUAUCGGACUCCGUGGACCCCGAAAGAAACAUAUUUCUUGCCAGUAGACAUUCAGUAACAAAAUUAUCGCUGUUGUAUAGUUAUUAAAGGGCCCUCAGUAAUAGCAGUUUUUAACUGAUGUGGCUACCCUGUCUAAAUAAAACUAUAAAUAAAUAAAGGGCCCAUGUAUGUCCUUUUAAUAUGCAGUCCAGGGAAAUGCACCUUUGUGUCCCAUUUAACCUUAUUUUCAAUUUUAAUUUUGCCAUUUUUUAGGGCAUUUUGGUACCAUUUUGGUUUUUAUGCUUAUGUCAUUUCAGGCAGAAAACUCAACAUUACAGUUAUUUCAGCAUCAACGUUUGCCAUAAUUUUGGAUAUUGUGCCGUAGUAAAGUUUCUUUUCUUCGGUGAUUCGUUGAUGUUUCAGUACAUGACACUAGGUCAAUAAGCAAAUUUAUCCCACAAAUGUUUCAAUGAGCAACUUUUGUGCUCACAAUUUUAACAGAAAGCCCCUUGCUUAAGUCUCAAUUUGGCUCAAAAAAUAACUCAGAUAACUGCAUAGACCCUUCGACCAAAUGGGACUAGCUUUCAUUAAAGGCGUGUCUAGUUUUUUUCCCCCUGAAAAUACGUUGGUGUCUAGACGGAUCUUCAUAGCAUCGGCACUUUGGGCGUGAUCCCUGACUACGUGGCAUAUACUGGUUUAUGGCUUCUGACCAGCGCCACGUGAACAAAGACAU